UGGGGCGUAGGGCUGUCAUGUCCGGCGAGCGGCCUCCGCGCACAGACAUCCCUCGCAACCUGAGCUUUAUAGCCGCGCUGACCGAGCGCGCCUACUACCGCAGCCAGCGGCCCAGCCUCGAGGAGGAGUCGGAGGAGGAGCCGGGAGAGGGAGGGAUCCGGCCCGGUGCCCGCUCGCGGGCUCACGUGCGGGAUCGGGGGCGCAGGGCCCGCUCUGCGCCCGCAGGUGGCAGCGGGGCACGGGCAGCUCGCACUCCAGUCGGCGGCGCUCUGCUCUUCGCCCUGCGCUAUCGUGUGACCGGCCGCGAGUUCUGGGACAACAACGGCGGCCGUGAUUACGCACUACUUGGGCCCGAGCAUCCUGGUGGUGCCGGAGCCGCGGAGACCCAGGGCUGGAUCCAUUUUAUUUGAGACUGGGCUCCUGCCGGCCACAGCAGGGAAUACAUUGGGGCACCCGGGCGUGGGGGGAGGGCUGUGGCGCCAGGAACCCAGGGACCACAAUGGGCAGAUGGGUGGAGAGUCGUCCCUGAGAGUCAAGCGGCGGUGGCUGGAAACUGUCUGCGAAGCUCAGAGAGAUUAGGGUGGGAAACGGCAGGUGGGUGUAAGUGGAAGGAACUCAAGGAAUUCGAGAAAGGAGGCCCAGAAGGGAUCUGGGAAGUUGUGCCUCCUUGGACGGCUUGAGCGUUACGGAUUGAGCAACCUUGACGUGUGCAGUCCAGCCCAGUGAAGUCAUUCGGAUUGCUUCCCUCUUACUGGCCUUACCACCUUCAGGUCCCCAUGUCCUGCCCAUCCUAGCUUUAUCUGAGCCGAAAUUGCCUUGCUUAACCCCAGGAAUUUGACUAUUGCCCCCUGGGCCCUGACAGUUGGACAGGAUUCGCUUAAUUCUCAGCAGGUCUUGACUUCAGCCUUCAAGGAGAGAGAGUCCUUCAGUCACCGCGCAAGCCUCAGUAAGAUAGUGGCAAAACUAACUCCGGGCCUGCCCUUUUUAUAAUAGCCAAAUAAUGGGGCAUCUGAGGGGCUACAUAGUCAGGCUUCCAGAAAAAUGAAUGCCAGCCUUACUUUUCUGGGUGCCUUCUUAGACCUGGAAGCACUUUAUGGACUUUGUCAAGAGACAGCAAAUCAUGAAAAUCACUGCUGAUUUAUUCUUUGUGCCUCUGAAAAAGAGGAAACUACCGAUUAUCUGUAUGGUUGAGCAGGUUAUUUAUCUUUUGGGGCUCCAGGUUGCUCUGUGAGAAAUUGGAUUUGAGUUAGGUGGCCCUUUAAGGCUACCUUUGUUUGUUUGUUUUCGGACAAGGUCUCUAACCCAGGCUGGCUCCAACUCGCAGCCCUCCUCCCCUGGCCUCUGCUGUGCUGUGGUUAUUGGUGUGAGCCACUAUGCUCUUAGGGCUCCAUUUUGGUGUUUUAUAAUCUGUUCAUGGCACAGUAUAGGUUAGAAACUGUAUUCUUCAACCUAGUGCUAAAGUUAAAGCCCCACAGCAAGCCAGGUAUAGUGGCACACACAGGGAGUGUUGAGUUUGAGACCAACCAGGUAAUAUGAUUGCAACCUGAGCUACAUGAGACUGUCUCGGAAAAUUAAAAGAAGAAACAAGGCUUACCUAGCACAGUGAGCCUGUGCUUGGAUAUAAGAUGAGGAUAGUCUUCCUUCCUUCCUUCCUUCCUUCCUUCCUUCCUUCCUUCC